ACGCUGUUUGAGGACGUCAGUGGGUUCGGCUCGUGGCACAGGAGGUGGUGUGUUCUGUCCGGAUACUGCAUCUCCUACUGGACCUACCCCGACGACGAGAAGCGCAAGAACCCCAUUGGGCGUCUGAACCUGUGUCACUGCACCAGUCAGCGCGUGGACCCGGUGAACAGAGAGUUCUGCGCCCGACCCAACACGUUGGAGCUGAUCACUGUUCGGCCGCAGAGAGCAGAGGACCGUGAGACCCUCGUCUCUCAGUGCACCGACACCAUGUGUGUCACCAAGUGAGUACUACGCUCUGAAAGUACUGCAGUACAAGUACACAGUGUGGGGGAACACCAUGUGUGUCACCAAGUGAGUACUACACUACAGGUACUACGCUCUGAAAGUACUGCAAUACAAGUACACAGUGUGGGGGAACACCAUGUGUGUCACCAAGUGAGUACUACACUACAGGUACUACGUUCUGAAAGUACUGCAGUACAAGUACACAGUGUGGGGGAACACCAUGUGUGUCACCAAGUGAGUACUACACUACAGGUACUACGUUCUGAAAGUACUGCAGUACAAGUACACAGUGUGGGGGAACACCAUGUGUGUCACCAAGUGAGUACUACACUACAGGUACUACGUUCUGAAAGUACUGCAGUACAAGUACACAGUGUGGGGGAACACCAUGUGUGUCACCAAGUGAGUACUACACUACAAGUACUACGCUCUGAAAGUACUGCAGUACAAGUACACAGUGUGGGGGAACACCAUGUGUGUCACCAAGUGAGUACUACACUACAGGUACUACGUUCUGAAAGUACUGCAGUACAAGUACACAGUGUGGGGGAACACCAUGUGUGUCACCAAGUGAGUACUACACUACAGGUACUACGUUCUGAAAGUACUGCAGUACAAGUACACAGUGUGGGGGAACACCAUGUGUGUCACCAAGUGAGUACUACACUACAGGUACUACGUUCUGAAAGUACUGCAGUACAAGUACACAGUGUGGGGGAACACCAUGUGUGUCACCAAGUGAGUACUACACUACAGGUACUACGCUCUGAAAGUACUGCAAUACAAGUACACAGUGUGGGGGAACACCAUGUGUGUCACCAAGUGAGUACUACACUACAGGUACUACGUUCUGAAAGUACUGCAGUACAAGUACACAGUGUGGGGGAACACCAUGUGUGUCACCAAGUGAGUACUACACUAC